ACUGUUAUAUAUACUCUUCUCCGCCGGCAUAGCAUCCAAGCCGAAGGGAAGGGAAGGGAAGAGGCAAGGCACAACCAUCCACAGGGUGGCGGCGCCGCGCGGAGCGAAUCCCUAGCCGCCACCUUCCGAUCGCCCGCAUCCGGAUCGGUCUCCGUUCUUCGAUCCGUACUCUGCUCCGAUCGCCAUUUCCUGGUUCUUCCUGGGGGUUUUGUUUUUUUUUUUGAGUUUUCUUUUGGAUGUUUGAUUCGAUUCGGUGGUGGCGAUCGAUGCAGGUGGUCCGUCGCGCUAUAUGCUUCCGACGAAGAGAGCGAACGGCGCUGAGGCUGAGAGCAGCAGCGACGCGCCGGCGAAGAAGGCGCGGGUAGGGGCAUCGGCGUCGGAGGCGGAGGCGAUGGUGGCUGGGGAGGCGGGCGGCGGUGGGGGUGGGGUGAGCGGCAAUGGGAGCGAGGUGGCGGAGAUCGACGAGGACCUGCACAGCAGGCAGCUCGCCGUGUACGGGAGGGAGACGAUGCGGCGGCUCUUCGCGUCCAACGUCCUCGUCUCCGGACUGAACGGGCUUGGGGCUGAGAUUGCGAAGAAUCUUGCUUUAGCGGGUGUUAAGUCUAUCACCCUACAUGAUAUGGGAAAUGUGGAAAUGUGGGACUUAUCAGGCAAUUUCUUCCUAUCUGAAGAUGAUAUUGGAAAGAAUAGGGCUGUUGCUUGCACUGCAAAGCUGCAAGAACUCAACAAUGCUGUUCUUAUAUCUACUCUGACAGAAGAUCUGACCAAUGAACACCUCUCAAAGUUUCAGGCUGUUGUUUUCACUGACAUAAGUCUAGACAAGGCGUUUGAAUUUGAUGAUUAUUGUCGUAACCACCAGCCUUCAAUUUCUUUUAUCAAAGCAGAAGUUUGUGGUCUUUUUGGUAGUGUAUUUUGUGACUUUGGGCCUAAGUUUACCGUUCUGGAUGUUGAUGGUGAAGAACCACAUACUGGUAUAAUUGCAUCCAUCAGCAAUGACAAUCCUGCAAUGAUAUCCUGCGUUGAUGAUGAGCGCCUUGAAUUCCAAGAUGGUGAUCUUGUUGUCUUCUCAGAGGUCCAAGGGAUGACAGAACUAAAUGAUGGCAAGCCAAGGAAGAUAAUAAAUGCAAGGCCAUAUUCAUUUUGCAUCCAGGAGGAUACAAGUAAAUUUGGUAUUUAUGCAAAAGGUGGAAUUGUUACUCAGGUGAAAGAGCCGAUCAACUUAGAGUUCAAGAGUCUCAGAGAUUCUAUAAGAGAACCAGGGAAUUUCCUUUUGAGCGAUUUCUCAAAGUUUGACCGUCCUCCUCUUCUGCACUUCGCAUUUCUAGCUUUGGAUAAGUUCAGGAAAGAAUUUGGGCGCUUUCCUGGUGCUGGCUGUGACCAAGAUGCUCAAAGGUUUAUUGAGUUUGUUGCUUCUGUCAAUGAAGCUACAAUUGAUUACAAGAUGGAUGAGCUUGAUGGGAAGUUGUUACGAAAUUUUGCAAGUGGUUCUAGAGCUGUUCUAAACCCAAUGGCUGCGAUGUUUGGUGGCAUUGUCGGCCAAGAAGUUGUUAAGGCAUGCUCUGGGAAAUUUCAUCCUCAAUACCAGUUCUUUUAUUUUGAUUCAGCGGAAUCUCUACCAACCUAUCCAUUGGACUCAAAAGACUUGAAACCAUUGAAUAGCCGCUAUGAUGCUCAGAUAUCUGUUUUUGGUUCUAAGCUUCAGAAAAAGAUGAGAGAUGCCAAUGUUUUUGUUGUGGGAUCUGGUGCUCUUGGGUGUGAAUUCUUGAAGAAUCUUGCUUUAAUGGGAGUAUCUUGUGGCCUUAAAGGAAAGCUAACUAUAACAGAUGAUGAUAUCAUUGAGAAAAGCAACUUGAGCCGCCAAUUUCUGUUUCGUGAUUGGAAUAUUGGGCAGGCUAAAUCUACUGUAGCAGCUGCAGCGGCUAGUGCUAUCAACUCCAGCCUGCAUAUUAAUGCUCUUCAGAAUCGUGCCUGUCCAGAGACUGAGCAUGUGUUCCAUGACAAAUUCUGGGAGGGCCUUGAUGUCAUCAUCAAUGCACUUGAUAAUGUUAAUGCUAGGAUGUACAUGGAUAUGAGAUGCUUGUACUUCCAGAAACCACUUUUGGAAUCUGGAACAUUGGGUCCAAAAUGCAAUACACAAAUGGUAAUUCCUCACCUUACUGAAAACUAUGGAGCAUCCCGAGACCCUCCUGAGAAACAGGCACCAAUGUGCACAGUCCACUCUUUCCCACACAAUAUUGACCACUGUCUGACAUGGGCUCGUUCAGAGUUUGAGGGUUUGCUAGAGAAAACUCCAAAUGAAGUGAACUCUUUUAUUUCCAAUCCAGCUCAAUAUGCUGCUGCUAUGAGAAAGGCAGGUGAUGCUCAAGCAAGGGAAUUGCUCGAGCGUGUUUGUGAAUGCCUUGACAAGGAGCGAUGUGAUGGAUUUGAAGAUUGCAUUGCCUGGGCUAGACUGAAAUUUGAAGACUACUUCGCUAAUCGUGUGAAGCAGCUAACAUUCACAUUUCCUGAAGAUGCGGUCACUAGCACGGGUGCUUUUUUCUGGUCUGCCCCCAAACGGUUUCCUCGCCCACUGCAAUUCUCUACUGUGAAUUCAUCUCACAUUCACUUCAUACUGGCUGCUUCCAUAUUGAGAGCAGUGUCAUUCGGGAUCUCCAUACCCGACUGGGCAAAGAACACAAGUAAUCUGGUCGAUGCUGUUAGUAAGGUUGUAGUGCCUGAAUUUGAACCGAAGAGUGGGGUUAAGAUUGAGACAGAUGAGAAAGCUUCUAACAUCUCUAGUGCUUCUGUUGAUGAUGCUUCUGUUAUUGAAGAUCUUUUAACCAAGCUGGAAGCAUCUGCAAAAAAAUUACCUCCUGGAUUCCAGAUGAAGGCUAUUCAGUUUGAGAAGGAUGAUGACACAAACUUCCACAUGGAUUUAAUUGCUGGGCUUGCAAAUAUGCGUGCAAGGAACUAUGGUAUUCAAGAGGUCGACAAGCUGAAGGCGAAGUUCAUUGCAGGAAGAAUCAUUCCGGCGAUCGCAACUUCGACAGCCAUGGCAACAGGACUUGUGUGCCUUGAGCUUUACAAGGUUCUGGCUGGUGGGCACCCCGUCGAAGACUACCGCAAUUCGUUUGCUAACUUGGCAAUACCAAUGUUCUCCAUGGCUGAACCUCUUCCACCCAAGGUGAUCAAGCAUCAAGACAUGAGAUGGACCAUAUGGGAUCGGUGGUCUAUCGAGGGCAACAUCACUGUCGCAGAACUCCUCAAGUGGCUGAGUGACAAGGGCCUGAGCGCGUACAGUGUCUCCUGCGGCACUUCAUUGCUUUACAACACCAUGUUUCCGAGACACAAGGAUCGAGUGAACAAGAAGCUCGUGGAUGUCGCCAAGGAGGUGGCGAAGGUGGACGUUCCGGCAUACAGGAGGCACCUGGAUGUCGUCGUUGCCUGUGAAGAUGAUGAUGGGAAUGACGUCGACAUCCCUCUCAUCUCCAUUUACUUCCGGUAGGUAGGAUCAUUCCUGUAAAAAAAAAGAGGUGAAAAUAGAUUGAGCAUUCGUAAGUCUCUUCGUCAGUUCGCUCUUUCUAUGCAUUAUUUAGUAGCCAGUGAUCGCCGCAGUGUGUUGGUUGCUCGUGGCGAUUCUCCUUGCCGUUUUAUGUGGGUGUUCUCCCUUUGCUGUUGCAUGCCGACUAUUUGCAGGUGUGCAAUGCGGCCCCAUCUCAUGGAUGUUUUGUUGACUGAAUGCAUAAUAUCUGCAAUUGGAUUGAGGUGUUUCCCA